AUGGAGGAAUCAACUUCUAAAUUGUCGGUUAAAACGCAAGGCCUAGCGACAAGUCCAUCACUUUGUCCUGAACUUAUAGUGCGAUGGUUCCACGCUGUCGAUGUACCUCGCUCGGAUCCGGCUGUUACUCCUUCUGCCUCUUUCGCUUCCAAUAACGGCGGUACGAAAGAUGCACCAACAGCGAAACAACCUUCAGCAUGGGUACCUUUUUCUCGACGCGACUCUGCUGAGUUAGAACAGGCGUAUCAAAGUAAAGUGCCUGGACUUACAGUCCCUGUUAAUGAGGAUUAUUUGUUCGAAGUUGAUAUUGAUGAUAGAGCAAUAUAUCCGGUUUAUUGGCCUGGACCCGUUUAUGAGGUAAGACGUGGAACAUGGUUCUAUCAAGGAGACGGAAACUUUUUCUUGCCUUGUGACGAAAAUCUCGCAUCACAGGUUGAAACCGGCUAUUUAAAACAUCAACCUUGGAUAAUUCAAGAAGAAGAAACAUACAAAGAGGUUGAUUCUGCAACGGAUAUAAAAAAAAAACAACCACCACCAGAAAAAAACUGGGCUUUAUAUGGCAGAUAUUUAUCGCAAUACGUUGUUUACACCAAUGCCACGAGUGCUUGGCAAUUGAGAGGAUAUAAAGAAGUCGAAAUUUUUGAGUCAAAAAGUUUUGGUGAACCCGAACGAAAAAAGAGAGAUGAUUUUGAAAAAGAAAGAGAACAUGAUCUCACACAAGAUAAACAACUUGAAGUGGAUCCUGAAACAGUACAAACAGAAGAUUACGAUAACGAGGAAAGUGAAGAAGAAGAAAGAACGAUUGAUCAUCUAAUUUUAGUAAUUCAUGGUAUUGGACAAAAACUGAGUGAAAGGAUGGUAUCAGUUAAUUUUGUUCAUGAUGUGAAUAUACUAAGACGAACUAUCAAAACAAUGUACGCUACAAAUCCACCCGAUGAAAUGAUUUCAAGAACCGACUCUACGUUGUCACAACGAAGAAAUUCAGUGCCGGCCGAGAAGGUGACACACAUAGGCAAUGGAAUUCAAGUGUUACCCGUUCAAUGGCGGCAAGAAAUUAAGUUUGGUAUGGCCAGUGUAGAUCAAGAUGCACAAACUGAUCUUGGCUUGCAAGCAGAAGAGGAAGGAGAGACCACUCUAGAUGAGAUUACACUGGACGGAGUACCAACAAUAAGAAUGAUGAUAUCAGAUGUUUUAAUGGAUGUUUUAUUAUAUAUGACACCUAAAUAUCGUGAGCAAAUGAUAAAUACAGUCACAAGCGAAUGUAAUCGUAUUUAUGGGUUAUUUAUCGAACGAAAUCCAAGAUUCUUGGAAAUUGGCGGAAAAGUCUCGAUUUAUGGUCAUUCACUUGGUUCUGUAUUAGCAUUUGACAUUCUAUGUCAUCAACAGCCCAUAAGCCCCAUCACAGUCUCCGGAAUAUUCGAUGAAAGGAAUGAUCCAGAAAUGCAACAACUUCACGAGCGGCUUGUAAAAUUGGAUUUUCCCGUUGCGAAUUUCUUUGCUCUCGGGUCACCAAUUGGUUUAUUCCUUAUGCUAAAAGGGUUAAAAAUUGGAUCGAGAAGAAGUCAACUGCUAAAUAGAUUAAGAGAAAUGAUUUCCGGUGAUCAUUUGAACAAUGAUUCUGAUGAAAUUCCUGAAUUGAAGUCAGUUUCGUCGAUUCCGUUGUGUUAUCCCGCUGUCCGAAAUAUAUAUAAUAUAUUUCAUAGAGCCGAUCCUAUCGCAUAUCGUUUGGAACCUCUUAUUGCACGACAUUAUGGCGUGUCCUUAAAGCCCGCUCUUAUCCCAUAUCACAAAGGCGGCCUUAAAGCAGUACAUAUAGGCAUUCAAGAAUUUGGCAGCGGAAUUGCCAACAAAGCUACAAACAUGUUUUCAAAUGUCAAGAAUUCACUGCUUUUAUUCGGAAACAAAAACAAAGGUUCAAUGCUUUCUCGAUCAGCGCCAGAUCCGGAAGUAAAACCUACGCAAUCUCCUCCCUCGAGACCGUUUCAUCAAAGCUCAUUGUCUUUUUCAGAAAAAGAAAAAGAAGAUCCAACUAGCGCUGCUAAAUUACGAAGUUUAAAUAUCACUGGAAGGGUGGAUUAUUGUUUACAGGAGGGAAUUCUGGAUGUAAGCUAUUUGAACGCUAUCACUGUCCAUCUCAGUUACUGGUCGGAUAGUGACGCUGCAUUUUUUAUACUUCGAGAAUGUUAUCGUGAAAUGGAAGAGGAAGAAGAAGCAUCUCUUCGUACGCGUGCACUCGAGUUACUCGCGCUACGAGAUAAAGCACCCGUUUCAAAUUCACCGUCAUAA